UUUGUUGCAUAUCUCCUCCCCGAGUCAUCCACCAAGCUAAACUCAGGGAAGGUGGUUGCUGUGGGACCAGGAGCCAAGGAUAAGGCUGGGAAUGUGAUUCCAGUGGCUGUGAAAGAAGGUGAUACAGUUCUUUUGCCUGAGUAUGGGGGCACCCAAGUCAAGCUUGGUGACAAGGAGUAA